AUGGCGAUUCGUGAGAAAUCUACUUGUGGUUUUCUACGUAAGUCGAGAAUUGAUGAUGACAGAGGGAAGGCUUAUGAGUUGGGGCAAAGUUGCGUCAAAUGUAUGAGAGGAAUACUCUUCUGUUGGAUGAGACAAGCUGAAGAAAAAUUGGAGAAGUACAAAAUGAAUCAGUGUCCUGAAUUUGCUCUGCACAGUAAAUUCCACCUAGAAACUGGACAGCCUCUAUCCAGUUCUGUUCUUGGACAGUAUGGACAUUUGCAGCUUGACGUUGUGUCUUUAUACUUACUGUUUUUGGUUCAAAUGAUCAUGUCUGGACUGCAGAUCAUUUAUACGAUGGAUGAAGUGAGCUUCGUGCAGAACCUGGUAUACUAUGUGGAACGAGCCUAUCGUACUCCUGAUUUUGGCAUGUGGGAAAGGGGAAGCAAAUAUAACGAUAAUACUCCUGAAAUUCAUGCGAGCUCAAUCGGCAUGGCCAAGUCUGCUCUUGAGGCCAUCAAUGGCUGCAAUUUAUUUGGAGACAAAGGGGCUUCGUGGUCAGUGGUGUAUGUUGACAUAGACGCUCACAGUCGAAACCGAAGCAUUUUCGAGACGUUGCUUCCUCGAGAAUCUAGUUCAAAGAAUACAGAUUCUGCGUUACUACCUACCAUUAGCUUUCCAUGCUUUGCUACACAUGACGAGAUACUGUAUGGUCGAACGAAAGACAAAAUCGUGCGCAAACUACAAGGAACAUACGGUUUCAAAAGAUUCCUCAGGGAUGGUUAUGGAACCGUAUUUGAAGACAUUACUCGGCCAUACUAUGAGCAAGGAGAAACAAAGGAGUUUGAGAACAUUGAAUCUGAAUGGCCUCUGUUCUUUUUGUACAUGAUUCUUGAUGGUAUUUUUAAAGGAAAUGAUGAACAGAUCAAGAAAUAUCGUCACCUUCUCCAUCCAAGACUAAAAGUAGAUAGAUUUGGAAAUGCCAUUGUGCCGAAAUAUUUUUUCGUCCCCACUCUCUGCAUCGAAGCCGAAAGGAGGGAGCCCGGUUCUCAGAGGAGAAUUCCCAGUGUUGAAGGGGAUGCUGAUAACUUAUACUUGCAUGGUCAAGCAUUAUACAUAAUGUCUGAACUGCUAGUUGAUGGGCUUUUACACAUCAAUGAGCUUGAUCCCAUUCGGCGGUAUUUGCCUUCUUACAACAGACCUCGCAAAACUGGUCGCUAUUCAGCUUUUCAGGGGAAAGCUGCUGGUACUGCGAAUGAUCUGGUCGUUCAAGUUGUCCUGAUUGCGGAGAGUAUGAGAUUGCAGGCCAUGAUGGCAACCUAUGGCAUCCACACCCAGACCCCCCACGAAGUGGAACCGGUGCAGAUUUGGUCGCCCAAUCAGCUUGUGAGGAUUUAUGAAUACCUUGGCAUCAGUAAGAAACUUGGUUUGAAAGGAAGACCUCCUCGACCUAUCGGAGCCUUGGGAACUAGUAAGCUGUACAGAAUCUGUGGGCAGACUGUCAUUUGCUAUCCCCUUAUUUUUGAAGUCAGUGAUUUUUAUCUCUCACAUGAUAUGGCACUGUUGAUUGAUGACAUUAAGAAUGAGCUGCACUUUGUCGGAAAGUAUUGGAGAAUGUCUGGCCGACCGACUGUCUGCAUUCUCAUCAGAGAGGAACACAUGAGGGAUGUACAUUUCAAGGAGAUGCUCGAUUUGUUAGCCAUGUUGAAGAAAGGAGAGUGUGAUGGAUUGAAGAUUAGAACUGGA